CAGACAAACUUGUUACUGUAAAGGGAAGGACUUUACAGAUACUGAGAAGUUUCUCUGGCGGGUCGUGUUCACUAUCUUAUUGGUCUUAUCAGAGCGUUAUGGUAUCUGAACAACACUUAAGAUGUAGGCCGUCAUUCUAAAUAACAAUUUGUUCUUAACUGACUUGCCUAGUUAAAUAGAGGUUACAUUUAAAUAAAAAAGAUAACGAGACAUUGUUCUUAGAAUGGAGCUGUUAUCUUGAGAGUUCAUCAAUUGCAUGGAAUUAUUGGAGUAAUGUGUAGAACACGUUGUUUUACCCUUGCCGACAUUCUUCUGCGAUAGUGAGAUAGACAGGAUUGUAGUUCUCCAUAUAUGUUUAUAGAGAUACAUGUAGUAUGGACGUGGAUCCAGUACGGUUGGAGUCCAGUCUAUGGGUCGGUAAGAAACGUUACCGGGCAGCACUUACUGGCUGGCACCUCAACUGGACUGAGCUUGAUAAGAAGAACCGCGAUAAGAAGACCGUUUCAGUACCAGUAUCUGAGGUUAUUGGGGUGGAGGAAGGGCGUGUGCAGGUUCUACCUCAGAGGUCAGUAGCUGAAGACACAGACAGAGAAUUCACAGUGUUCUAUGUGAAACGCAGCAGCAGCGGUAGUCCCUAUGGGUUGUUAUGGCGCCUGGGCAGGACCCAGUUCUGCUGUCCUAGUAGGGACCUCAGAGACCAGUGGAUGACCCAGCUGAGGAUUGCCCUCAAAACACACAGCCCCUCUCGUCCUCACAGGCUGUUGGUGUUCAUCAACCCGUUUGGAGGAAAGAAACAAGGGAGGCAGAUCUAUCACUCUCUAGUGGCCCCACUGUUUGAGCUGGCAGGUAUCAGCUCUCAUGUUGUAGUGACAGAACGCGCUAACCAGGCGAGAGACCACAUACUGAAGAAAGACCUGACUGGUUUUGAUGGUGUGGUGUGUGUGGGCGGGGACGGAAUUUUCAGUGAGCUGCUGCACGGUGUUAUUGGCCGAACACAGCAGGAGGCAGGGCUAUCGGAGCAUGACCCCUCCAUAACGCUACAGUCAUGUGAUCUUCACAUUGGCAUCAUUCCUGCAGGCUCUACAGACUGUGUGUGUUUCGCCACUGUGGGAGUCAACGACCCAGUCACCUCUGCUCUGCACAUUAUCAUUGGAGACUCUCAGCCUCUGGAUGUGUGUUCUGUCCACCAUUGCUCGUCUCUGGUGCGUUACUCUGUGUCUCUGGUGGGGUACGGGUUCUAUGGUGACGUGCUGGCUGAGAGCGAGAGACACCGCUGGAUGGGGCCUCUCAGAUAUGACUACUCAGGUGCUAUGGUGUACCUAAGUAACAGGAGCUAUGCAGGCAUAAUUCAGUACCUACCAGCAGACUCCCAGCUCUCCAGCCCCAGGGACAAUACACGCUGCCUCUCUGGGUGCAGUGUGUGUUCUAAAGGCACAGAGAGACUGUUCCCCCACUCUCCAGGUGCUAGUUCCCUCUACAGCUCCCACUUCAGUCAAUUCCGCAGUGACACUGAGGAACUUCCUCUGCUCUCUCUGCCCCGUGCUGCAGGUGAGUGGGUGAGUUUGGAGGGCCGGUUCAGGGCUGUGUCCCUCACCUGUAUGUCCAGCUCCUGUCCUCGCAGUCCCCUGGGCCUGUCCCCCUCCGCACACCUGGCCGAUGGGACAGGUGACCUGAUCAUCGUACGGGACACACACCCCUUAGGGUUCCUUACCUUCCUACACAGACACACCAGCACACAGGACCAGUUUGACUUGCCGUUCGUGGACGUCCACCGAGUGAAGGCAGUACGCUUUUCUCUCCCUACCGAAGAAGAGGAGGACAAGGAUGAAGAGCGGGAGAGAGUGAAUGAUGGAGGGAUGACGAAGGAAGGAAAGAGACCAAGCCGAAGCGGUUCCCACAAGCACCUGGUAGAAAGAGGAGAGGAGCGAGGGCAGAAAGACUUCCUGUGUGGUUUGUGCUGCAGUAAGGCUCCUACAGUGUCUGUGUGGAACUGUGACGGAGAGAUACUGCCUCACACUGAGAUCUCCUGCAAGGUUCAUGGUCAGCUGGUGCGUCUGUAUGCCCGGGGCAUUGAGGAUGGAUCAGCCACACCCACCAGGAAGUGCCAAGACGGACACAGGAACUGCAAAGGGAGAUGUGUACUCAACAACUGAGGAAGGCUGUGUUAGGGUCAGUUCACAUUACUUGCAGAGAAAAACACUAUGCCAGAGAUGACGACAUUAAUGAUUGGAAUCAAUGAUUUUGCCGGGUUCGACCAAUGAAAUGGCUUCCUUUCUGUUUCCAGUGUGACUAUUUCAAUACCUAAGUCUUAAGAUGGAUGUUUGAAUUUGAUGGCAGUUAUAGGAAUACUUUUUUCUUCAUAAAAUGCCUUGAUGCCAGUUGCCUAUGACAUCUUCUAUGACAUUGUCUUCUGUAAACAUGUUAUGUUCACUUGAGCAGUUUUUUGCAGUUAUGAAAAUGUUGUACACACAACAAUUGAAAACCUAAUAAAUGUACACACCUUUUUGCUCUACAGAAUGUUGAGCUUCCACAUGAUUUAUUGUUUAUCGUAGAACUGACAUCCCUCUGGCUUAACAAUGACAUUUACCUGAGGAAUCUGUGGCUUUGUAUGUAUACAAUAGGACAAACCUGUUUUUCUUGAACCUUAAGAUCAUCUCCUUGAAGCACAGUGUUGAUCUUCGUAGCAGAGAAGCAGGGCAGAUGAACCAACAAACAUUCCAUUCAGUGCAGCUUGAUGAAUCAGCCAUUGUCAUUGUUAAGGUAGUAACAUACAUUUGGGGUCUUUCAGUCCUUCUCCUUCCUCUGGCGCUUCCAGCCCCAGAAGUCAGUCAGUCAGUCUGUCUGUGUCUGUUUAUUGUUGAAAUGACUGGAGCAGUGUGUGUGGGC